AUGAUUUUUGACCCUGUCGAUGGCUUGAGCAGUGACGAAGCAGGGCCAGAAGGUGAGGCCAAGCCCCCUCCCCAAACGAGGAGAAGGCGAAUUAGACGCAGGAAGGAGCAGAAAGAAGAUGAUAGAAGCUUCCAGAAACUAGUUCAAGAUCCAAAUGUGCCUUCCACCAAGCUUUCCAAGCCUUGCGGCUGCAAACAGAAGACUUGCGCCAAUCAGUUUUUGGCUGAGCCAAAGUUCCAGGAGUAUCGAGACUAUCUGGCCCAUUGGCUGAGCUUAGCUAAGCUGGACCAAGACCAGAUUGCAUUUGAUCUUAUGAAAGAGCUGGUGAUUCGCUCCGGGGAUGACUUCUUGACUUGUUGGACUUUGUUGGGCCUCCAGACUUGUCGCCGGACUUGGCAGACACUUCACUGCAUGGGAUCACGGCGAUUUGAGAAACUGUGGCGAGCAGCUCGUGAUCGCCGGGAUGCGCCACCGGUGGAUUUGAGAUAUCUUUCUCAGCCCCAUGCGAGGAUAGGGACCGACAGUUCCCAAGUUCGAUCUGACAUUUGCUCCUUUCUGGAAUUGAUUUACGAGUCGGUUGCGGAGACCUUGCCAGAUUUCAGAGAUGAGCUGGGGGGCUCAACCGGGGUGUCUAUCAACUUGGAAGAUCCUUAUGCUGUAGAAUUGGAAUCCAAUACCAAGAAGCGUAGUGCAGAGGAGUUGCUGGAGACUGUGGAUUUGAGACCGAAGGCUAAACCACGGAAAUACAAAGGGCAAGUUCAGAUCAAUUUGAGCCGAACAUCAUCCACUAUCGAAGAGCGGUGGCUCCCUCCAGGAUCCAUGAAGGAGUACCACGAGCAGUACCGAAUGCAUUCUGCUUUGGAGAAGCCUGGAAGCUUCCCUACCUUUUGGCGUGUUUGGCUUAGCGAUUUUGGCUUCAUGCAGAUCAGAGGAACGAGUCAGCAUGCACAAUGCGGGACAUGUGUCAGACACCGACAUCUCAUCAAGAGUCUCGGCCGGCAUUUGCUGGCCCGGUCCCAGCAGCAGACUUUCUAUUGGCAACAUCUUCGUGAACAGUAUCUGGAUCGUUUGGAGUACUAUAGAUUGAGAUCUCUAUCCAGGCAACGAGAUGGUCGCUUUAUAUGCAUCAUCCAAGAUGGAAUGGACCAAGGAAAGGUGUCGCUACCUCGCAGUCCAUGGUUGCAGUCAAAGGAGUUCGCGCAGUUCAAGAUCCACCGGCCGAAGUUGCACGUUUCUUUAACCCUGGUUCAUGGCUACUUCACACUGUGGACGAUUUCUCACCCAGACACCAUGAAGGACAGCAAUGCAAGUAUUGAAACGAUGUGCCAUGCCCUCCAUCUCCUUGAGUCCGAACAUGGAGUGUGUCUGCGUGGAUGCUCUUUGAGCAUCCACGCAGAUAACACAUGCAGAGAGGUCAAAAAUAACCCUUUCAUGAGAUGGGCUGCCUUGCAGACUUCAUGCAGCAACCUCAAGAGUGUGAGUGUCCGGUUCCUCAGAUCCGGGCACUCACAUGAGGAUGUGGAUCAAGCUUUUGGGCGCCUAGCUCGCCACCUAUCCAGGUUGAAAGUCGCCCAAGAGCCUGAUGAUUUUUUGGAUUCGAUCAAGCAGUUCGCAUCAGGGAUGGGUCGACCUCAUGAGGCCCACAGCUAUGUGACCAUCAUGGCGCAAACUCGAGAUUGGAAAGGGUUCCAUGCUGGUGCAGUUCCAUUUCAUGUGGCCGGCAUCGGUGGGCCUGGGGCACCGCAUGAGUUUACGUUCAACCGCAGAUCUGAUGAAGAUCUUCAGGGCCAUGCCGUUGACAGCAGUUCUUGGGGGUGGCCAGAGCAUCCAGGGGAUGUGAUUUUGAGGAUUGCAUGGCAACAUGGUUGGAUCAAAAGCACCAUCAUCAUUAUCAGCAUGAUUAUCAGAACAGUCCUUUACAAGAGAACUGAUGUCAGAGUUCAUUUUUGGGUUGGCUAA